CUUCGUAUUAAACUGGUCCCAAGCUCUCUCAGCGCAUAACUUCGACUUCGACAAUGCAGAAACCUGAAGAACGGUUGCUGUUCAACAUUUAACUAUUUAGCAGUUGUCCACCGAGAUUCAGAAUUCUUGUGGUACUUGUGCGCGCUCAAAUGUCAGUGCUCAAACCCGGUGCAGUUCGUGUCGACAAUUCCUGAUAUGGGGAAAAUGGAUUUUUCCGAAAGUUGCGCCUUGUUUUUUUUACUAUUGACAAUAACAGUGACCGGCAUCCAAACCGCGAAAAAUGUGACGAUUCAAAAAUGUUGCGCCCUCAAAGAAACCCUAGACAAGAAUAGGACGUGUGUGCCCUCGACGAAAAACGAAUGGGACUUGAAAAUUUACAGUCCGGCGAAGAAAAAUUUUCUACCUAAACAUACGAUACCGACAAAUUGGCAUUUCAAGUACAGUUCGAUGCCCGACUGUCCGGAACCCUUUGUAACCGGUGAAGAUUUCGGUUAUUACGUGGGUUUUUUAAACGGUUCCCUUCUCGCUGUACGUUACGGCACCCUCUUGCACCCCAACGAUUACUGCAUCGAUUACAAUUCCGCCAAAUUAUGCUUGGCGGAAAAACGAUCGGAAAUCAAGAAAUGCUGCGGGCACAACUCGACGUUCUCGACUGAACGACAGGGCUGUGUGCUAGGGGCGCAUCCAUCCCUCAAACUCGACGAUGUGAAGGGUGAAAAACUCAGUGCGGGAUACCCCACUUGCAACUCUUCCAAUGAAAUUGCAAUUGUACGUACGUUCUUCAACGAAAGCAAUUUCCACACUAACGGUAGUUUAUGGCUUCCCGAACAUCGAAUUCUUCUACCUCCUUCACGGUAUUGCCUGGAGCACGUACUGGAACAUACAGAUGAAACUCCAGCGAUCAUAGGUUGCAGAGAGGAUUUCUUCCACGAAAAACCCGAUGACGUUAGAUUCGUCUUUUACCCUAUAGGCUUGGCAUUGAGUACAGUAUUUUUGGCUGCUACCCUAGCCUGUGGCUUCCUUUUACCUGCCUCCCAUCAUGUUCUCCAUUGGAGAUGCCAAACUAAUUAUGUUUUCUGCCUUCUGAUCGGGUUUGCCGUACUUUGCUUGGUCCAGUUGCAAAGCACGACGCACCCAACUCUGUGCACGAUUUUUGCUGUGACAAUACAUUUCUUCAUUCUGUCGGCAUUCUUCUGGCUCAACACAAUGUGCUUCAACAUCUGGUGGACGUUCAGGGAUCUUCGACCACAAAGCAUCGAAAAAAGCCAGGAGAGAUGUAGGUUGAGACUGUACAAGCUUUAUGCUUGGGGUAUACCCUUCGUGAUAGCAGGAAUCGGUGUCAUACUAGAUUCACUCCCUGAUAACGAUCUGAUCAAACCACGCUUUGGCGAGAAUAAAUGCUGGUUCGGAAGUGAAAGAGAAAAGCUUCCUUUUUUCAACGGUCCCAUAGGCUUACUUCUAACAAUAAACCUGGUUCUGUUCAUACUCACUGCCAAGGAACUCACUUGCGGUCUGUGGAAAAGAGAAUUGGUAAAGUCAACAACUGAAAGAGCUGCUCUGGGAAGGGUCUGUAUGAAACUUGUAAUAGUUAUGGGUGUGACAUGGAUAACAGAUGUCCUCUCUGAUGCAGUAGGUGGCCCUCAAGAGAUAUGGUACCUAUUCGACGUUUUCAACAGUCUUCAGGGUGUAUUUAUUUUCAUAGUGAUCGGCUGUCAACCACAGGUGCUGAGUGCUGUGAAAAGGCUAUGGUGUUUCAGGGACCACCAUGAGAAUGGUACUGCCGGUACUUCGAAUCACCAUUCAUCCACCUUCCAAGGAAUACAAUCUACAGGAGACACGAUGACCAAUAGCAUCACGAACACAACGAAAUCUACCCCUGUGGAAACCAUUUGUUGAGUCUGAAUAUGUUGAAAAGCAUUUAUUUAUUUAUUUAUUGUCAUUAGUAUUUUUGUACCAUAAAUUUGCUUCAUCAACGUAAGGUUAUUUAUGUUCCUGAUGGAACGUUAUCGAAAAAAUUGUGAAAAGAACAUAUAUGUACGAUGUUCGUAACUGAAUUUAGUGAUACCCGCUCUGUGAAUGUAUUAUUAGUGCUAUGUUUAGGAUUAUGACGUUUUUAUUUUAUUUAUUUGUACAAAUAAUCGGAAACCAUGAAAUAAAGAUGUUACCAAUUA